AUGGCUGUGGCCUCUGCUGCCCCAGGGAGCCUCUUCUGUAAGCAGCUCCUUUUCUCUCUCCUGGUUUUAAUAUUGUUUUGCGAUGCUUGUCAGAAAAUUUCUCUUCAAGUUCCUUCUCAUCUUCAGGCUGAAAGCCUUGUAGGAAAAGUGAAUCUGAAGGAGUGUCUCCAGUCAGCCAGCCUAAUCCGGUCAAGUGAUCCUGACUUCAGAAUUCUUAAAGAUGGCUCAAUUUACACAACACAUGACCUCAUUUUGUCUUCCCAAAGGAAGAGUUUUUCCAUUUUUCUUUCAGACAGUCAGAAGCAGGAACAGAAAAAGAUAGAAAUUGUACUGGAAGCAAGAGGAAAGAAGGUUUCUAAAAAGAAACGUGCCAAAGACACAGUCCUCCAGCGCAACAAGAGACGAUGGGCUCCUAUUCCAUGUUCACUGAUGGAGAACUCAUUAGGUCCAUUUCCACAACAUGUGCAGCAGGUCCAAUCUGAUGCUGCACAGAACUACACCAUCUUUUACUCCAUAAGUGGACCAGGAGUGGACAAAGAGCCCUUCAAUUUGUUCUUCAUAGAUAAAGAUAGUGGGGAUAUUUUUUGUACACGAAGCAUAGAUCGUGAGCAAUAUCAAGAGUUUCCGAUAUAUGCCUAUGCUACAACUGCAGAUGGUUAUGCACCAGAAUACCCACUCCCCUUAUUAUUCAAAGUGGAAGAUGAUAACGAUAAUGCCCCCUAUUUUGAAUCCAAAGUGACUAUCUUUAAUGUGCCUGAAAAUUGCCGAAUUGGAACGUCAGUGGGAAAAGUGACCGCCAUAGACCUCGAUGAACCUGACACUCUACAUACUCGUCUGAAAUUUAAAAUCUUACAGCAAAUUCCAGACCACCCAAAACAUUUCUCCGUACACCCAGACACAGGCGUCAUCUCCACAACGUCACUUUUAUUGGAUAGAGAAAAAUGUGAUACAUACCAGUUAAUAAUGGAAGUACGAGACAUGGGGGGCCAACCUUUUGGUUUGUUUAGUACAGGAACAAUUACUAUUUCACUCGAAGAUGAAAAUGACAAUGCACCAUAUUUUACAGAAACUGCUUAUUUUACAGAAGUAGAAGAAAACAGAAUCGAUGUCGAGAUUUUACGAAUGGCUGUACAUGACGUGGAUUCGCCAUUUACUCCUCACUCAAAGGCUGUAUACAAAAUCCUACAAGGAAAUGAAAAUGGAAACUUUAAAAUUAGCACAGACCCAAAUACAAAUGAAGGAGUCUUGUGUGUUGUCAAGUCAUUGAAUUAUGAAGCCCACCAUCAAAUCAUUUUGAAAAUUGGUGUGGUUAACGAAGCACAAUUCUCUAAUUCACCAAACUCACAACCUCCUACUAUGUGCACUACGACUGUCACCGUUAAAGUUAAAGACAGUGAUGAGGGUCCUGAAUGCCAACCACCAGUAAAAGUUAUUCAGAGUAAAGAUGGCCUCCCAGCUGGCCAAGAACUCCUUGGAUACAAAGCAAUGGACCCAGAAACGCGCAGUAGUGAAGGCUUAAGGUAUAAGAAGAUAGGAGAUGAAGAUGACUGGUUUGAAAUUAAUGAACGAACUGGUGACUUGAAAACUAUAAAAGUACUAGAUAGAGAAUCAAAAUUUGUAAAAAAUGGCCAGUACAAUGUUUCAGUGGUUGCAACAGAUGCAGAUGGCAGAUCUUGCACUGGCACAUUAGUCGUUCUUUUGGAAGAUCAUAAUGAUCACCCACCACAAAUUAACAAAGAUGUGACAAUUUGUCAGCAUCAUCAGGAUUUUGCUCUUCUCCAACCUGUGGAUGCAGAUGGACCAGAGAAUGGUCCACCUUUUGAAUUCCGUCUGGAUAAUUCUGUCAACAAACUUUGGGCCUUAGAAAAAAAAGAUGAUAAUACUGCAUUGCUUCGUGCAAAGCAACAACUUGAUUAUAACAUUUAUAAUGUGCCUAUUGAAAUAAAAGAUAAACAUGGUCUUGCUGCAAAACACGUAUUGUCAGUCAGAGUAUGUGACUGUACAACUCCAUCUGAAUGUAACAUGGCUUCGGCAACAAGAGAGCGUGAUAUUAAAGUAGCAAAAGUCAUACUUGGAAAAUGGGCAAUUCUUGCCAUGGUGUUGGGUUCUGCAUUGUUGUUAUGUGCCCUGUUUACAUGUUUCUGUGUUACUGCUAAGAGAACAGUAAAGAAAUGUUUUCCAGAUGAUGUAGCCCAACAAAAUUUAAUUAUCUCAAAUACUGAAGGACCUGGAGAAGAAGUCAUGGAAGCAAAUAUUAGACUCCCCACACAGACAUCCAACGUCUGUGACACAAGCAUGUCUGUGGGCACUCUUGGUGGCCAGGGAGUCAAAACACAGCAAAGCUUUGAGAUGGUCAAAGGCGGCUACACUUUGGACUCCAGCAAAGGCGGUGCACAGCAGACCCUGGAAUCCGUCAAGGGAGCAGGACUGGGAGUAACAGAUACCGGCAGAUACACAUACACCGACUGGCACAGCUUUACCCAGCCUCGGCUUGGCGAAGAAUCCAUUAGAGGACACACUCUGAUUAAAAAUUAA